AUGUUCAAUAAGUUAGACGAGGUCUCAGCAUCAAUUUCCACCGAAUUAUACAAUGUUGUCGUAAUUACUGAAACAUGGUUAAAUUCACGAAUAACUGAUGAACUUAUUCGUAUACCUGGCUGUGUAUCGUGCCGAAGGGAUAGACCGAAUAACCAACAAGGGGGCGGUCUUUGCACCUAUUUCAAUUCUCAACUUAAUUUUACUGAAUUAACUGACCUGAGUGAGCCAGAAAUUGAGAGUCAAUGGUUUCUAAUCAGAAUGGAACGUUUACCACGAGGAAUCAACUCUAUUUUAUUGGAAACAGUUUACCAUCCUCCUCAGAGCGAUGACCAUGUUCUUCGAAUGCAUAUCUUCAAAUGUUUGGAUUCUUUACUUGCCACCUAUCCUAAUUCUGCCAUCUUGGUCCUUGGUGAUUUCAAUCAAUUCCAACCAGGCAAUCUCUGCAACUCUUUUAGAUUGAAGAAACUGGUUACCAAGCCCACCAGGGAAAGUAAUAUCCUUGACCAAGCUUUUUCAACUCUGUCACCUUACUACGAUGCCAUCAUCCUGCCUCCUAUUGGUCAAUCCGAUCAUUCCAGUAUCUUACUACAACCUAUUUUGACACAUGCUCCAAGUCUACCAACCACACGAUUGCAAAAGCGUGAUUAUCGAGCUCCUAACAAACAAAAUUUGAUCUCUCGUCUGAAUACUGUUAACUGGACGCCACUCAUGCGGCUGAAUUCAUGCGAGGAACAACUGGAUUCUUUCCAGUCGGUAGUUCACGUUGCUUUGAAUUCCUGUAUCCCCAUGCGUACUGUGAAACAUCAUCCUAACGACAAACCAUGGAUUACUCCUGUUAUUAAAGAAUCUAUUAAGAAACGUCAACAAGCUUGGUUGAAUAAUGACUUACACCAAUAUAAUGUUUAUCGCAAUAAAGUGAUAAAACUCUGCAAGAGAGCACGCCAAAGAUUCUACAAUGACAAAAUUAAUCACAUGCAUGAGAGUAAUCCUAAAAAGUGGUGGGACGGAAUCAAGCUGUUGUCUGGACUUUCUAAUCCUCCCCCGUUAACAAGCUUAGCCGUAAAUGGCACUGUUUUGAAGGACUUCGAUCUUGCUGUCGCUAUUAACGAAUCCUUUUGCAGUGUUGCUGCUGACAUACCACAACUAAACUUUACUCCCAUACCUGUUUCCAACAUUCCUGAUGAGUACAUUAUUACCCGUGAUGCCGUAGAACUUGCUUUGGUGGCUGUCCAAGAUCGCAAGUCUGUAGGACCUGACGAGAUUCCCAAUUGGCUCUUGAAAACCUGCGCCACAACUAUUAGCAUCCCUGUGUGUUCCAUGUUUAACUCUUCUAUUAGAGAAGAUCGUGUCCCCGGGCUGUGGAUAUGUGCGGAUGUCCUCCCGUUGGGGAAGAUCUCUAGACCGAAGUCUAUUGAUACGGACCUUAGACCUAUAUCUCUAACUGCAGUAUUGAGCAAAAUUCUUGAGUCUUUUGUUUUCAACUGGCUUGCACCUAUUGUUAUGCCAUACAUCGACCCUUUCCAGUUUGGUAGUGUGAAAAAGUCUUCAACCACUCACGCCCUCGUGCAUUUAGUCCACUACUGGCUCUCUGCCCUGGAAACGCCUAACACCAUUAUCCGAACCUGCUUCAUCGAUUUUUCCAAAGCGUUUGAUCGAAUUGAUCAUAACAUUCUGAUGCGCAAGUUACAGCUUCUCAAUGUUCCACCGGUCCUAUUAAACUGGUGUUCAUGUUUUCUUCAAGGCAGACAGCAGCGCGUCAAAUUAAAAACUUGUAAAUCUGAUUGGAAAGAAAUAAAAGCUGGAGUUCCGCAAUGUACCAAACUUGGUCCUCUGUUCUUUCUUAUAAUGGUCAAUGAUCUGUCCAGCGAAUUGCCUUUGUACAAGUAUGUUGACGAUUGUGCAAUCUCUGAAGUCGUUAGAGUAUGUGAACCGGAUCUACCAAAAUUACAGCAAGAACUUGACAACGUGACCCAGUGGUCAAGUGCGAACAACAUGAAGUUGAACGUUAAAAAAACUAAAGAUUUCACCGUGUCAUUUUUGAUCAAUCAACCCUUGGCGCAACCCUUGAUUGUCAAUAACCAACCCCUGGGGCUGUUAAUACCAUCAAGCUCCUGGGGGUAA